AUGGCGGAGACCCGACAAGAGCUGAGGAGGAUGCGUGAAGGAGAGCUCAUAGGAUCCUACAAACCAGUGUCCUUGAGUGGUGUCCUGAAGGAUCUGGCGGCUGGGAACGCCGCCCUCACGCCCACACCAGCCCACACAGCCGUCUCGACCACCACCACCACCACCACCACUAUCACAUUCUACUCACCCGAAACAACCCUUACGCCCACAAGCCCCAAGACAGCCUCCCUUACGCCCACAAGCCUCGAGACAGUCUCCCUCACGCCCACAAGCACCAAGACAGCCUCCUUCACACCCACAAGCCCCAAGACAGCCUCCUUCACGUCCACAAGCCCCAAGACAGCCUCCUUCACACCCACAAGCCUCGAGACAACCUCCUUCACGUCCACAAGCCCCAAGACAGCCUCCUUCACGCCCACAAGCUUCGAAAGAGCCUCCUUCACGCCCACAAAUCCCCAGGCGCCUUCUCCACCUCGUUCUCAUCCCUCUGCACAUCCCCAGACUCAUCCUACACCUCGUCCUCCUCAUCCACUCACUCAGCCUUCCUCUCGUUCUCCUCACCGUCAUCCAUCCUCCCAACCCAUACCUCAGACUCAGCCUCAGCCUUCCACUCAGCCUGACGAAGCGCCGCAGUGUCACCCCAGUUUCCCUUCCUUCCCCGCCUAUCGCCCGCCGCCCUUGUUCUUUCAGUACCCCGGCGUGGCGAAACAGAGGAGUCAUCGCGAGCACAGAACGAACAGAAAACGGGAUGAAAAGAGAGCGGAGGAAAGUGACGGACGCGGAGGGAUGGAGAGCCCCGAUGCACAGAUGGGUACAGCCGAAGUAGUCCCUCCGCGGCGCCGCCAGGAAAAGACUACAAUAGACCCUCCGAAGCCAAGUCUCCAGGUCUCCACGCAAGCUUCUGUGGACAUACCUCGAGGGAACACCUUUGAGAACCUUCCAGGGAUCUCCAUUGAGCCUGUAGCGGACCAGAGGACAGGAACCCAGCGGAGGAAUGUGGUGAUUCAAAUGAGACAUCGAAGCAGUGAUGAAUCCUCGCCUGAGAGUAAUGGUGAAGGAGUGGCGGGACCUGGUGAUGAUGGAGAUAAUAGUGAUGAUGAUGGUGGUGAUGGUGGUGAUGGUGAGGGCCUUGCUGCGAGUAGGAACUCAACACCGGUAGAAGAGAAGAGGAAAGAGACAGAGGAACACCACAACAAGAACGAGUCACGGCACAGCACAGCAGGAGGAACUGAAGGAGGCGGUGACGAGGAGAGACUUCCUGGCUACUUCCCUGAGGUGGUGUGGCGGGAGGUGACGGUCGAGGAUAAGCUGGAGGAGGAUAUUGGCGGUGAAGGACAGGCUGGGCAGUUUCUGAGGGAGGCUGAGGAGAGGCUGCGGCAACAUGACCUUCGGCAGCGCAUCCUGGAUAAGUAA